GCUCCUGGAUGGGUGAGGUCCCUGCCAACCCAUUCGGCCAGUGAAACCCACCCCUCGCCUCCCAACCAGGACCCUCUAGGUCCUCCAGAGGAGAAUCAGGGAUGUACCAGGAGGUGGCCUUCCUAGCGGGCAGCACGGAGAAAGAGUUCACGCCCUUCCACUUCCCCAUUGAGAACCAGCAGGAGGUGGUAACUAAGAAGGGUGUGUUCUUCAAGCGGCAACGGCUGCUGCGGAGGCCCAAUGAGGGGCAGGAGGAGAACGACCUAUCAGCCGUCAUCAACGUGGGCGGGAUCAGGUACCGUAUCCCCUGGUCCGUUCUGGAGGAGUUCCCUCUGACGCGGCUGGGCCGGCUGAGGGGCUGCAGCUCAUUGGACGAGAUCAUGGAGGUGUGUGACGACUACGACGACGGGUGCCAGGAGUACUUCUUUGACCGCAGCCCAUCUGCGUUCCGCACCAUUGUGACGUUCCUAGCGGCAGGGCGGCUGCGGCUGCUGAGGGAGAUGUGUGCCCUGUCCUUCCAGGAGGAGCUGGUCUACUGGGGCGUGGAGGACACCAGGCUGGAGUGGUGCUGCCUCAGGAAGCUACGCAUCAGACAGGAGGAGCUCAAGGAACAGCUGAGGAUGGAGGAGGCAGAGCUCACCACAACCCUGACCCCUCAGAGCUGUGAGGAUGGGCAGGGGCACGCCGGAGAGGGAGGGGGGGAGGAGGAGGAGAGCCGCAUGGCGGGGUGUAUGCGCAGGCUGCACGACAUGGUAGAGAACCCUCAAUCUGGACUACCUGGAAAGAUCUUUGCCUUCUUGUCGGUGGUGUUUGUGGCCAUCACCGCAGUAACGCUCUGCAUCAGCACCAUGCCCGACCUCAGGGAGGAGGAGGAGAGGGGUGAGUGUUCUCAGAGGUGCUACAAUAUCUUUGUCCUGGAGACGGUGUGUGUGGCCUGGUUCUCUCUGGAGUUCUUGCUGCGCUUCAUCCAGACGCCGAGUAAGUGUGUGUUCCUGAAGACGCCUCUCAACAUCAUCGACGUGGUGGCCAUCCUCCCCUACUACAUCACUGUGAUCGUAGACUCUCUGUCUGAGGGAGGGGAGAAGCCCAGCGGCGGGAACAACUACCUGGAGAAGGUGGGCCUGGUGCUGCGGGUACUCCGGGCCUUGAGGAUCUUCUACGUGAUGCGUCUGGCGCGCCACUCCCUGGGGCUGCAGACCUUAGGCCUGACGAUCCGACGCUGCACCCGCGAGUUCGGCCUGCUCCUCCUGUUCCUGUGUGUUGCCAUGGCACUGUUCUCCCCGCUGGUGUUCCUGGCGGAGAGCGAGAUGGGCGCCAAGUACGACUUCACCAGCAUCCCUGGCACCUACUGGUGGGCGGUGAUCUCCAUGACAACGGUGGGGUACGGGGACAUGGUGCCGCGUAGCAUCCCGGGUCAGGUGGUGGCGCUCAGCAGCAUCCUCAGUGGGAUACUCCUCAUGGCGUUCCCCGUCACCUCCAUCUUCCACACAUUCUCUCGGUCCUACCUGGAGCUGAAGGAGGAGCAGAACAGAACACUGAGACAGAAACCAGACUUCCAGGACUCCAGCAAGUCUCAGAACAGCGAGGACUCGGCCGAGACGGACAGUUAACAUGGCAUCACUGAAGUCGCCGCCUCUGCUUUACGCAGGAAGUCCAUUGCCCUUGCGUCACAGAGGAGGGCCAUGCAGACUCAAGACUGAGUGUGUGUGCAACGUGAGAGCCUGGGGGUGUGGAGUGCACUGUGGGAAACUCGUACUAAAGCUGGAGGAUCUAAACAGGGAUGGGACGCUUUUCUCAAGCUUAAGAAGAAAAGGAGCUCCAACAUUUUGUGAACCUCCAUAGCUCUGUCCAUCAGAGUGUGUUCAAGAUUUUAUAAGACAGCUGCAGAAGUCUUUUUGCUGACAUUACUGGUGUAGAGCUGACCACAAUAUAAAAACACAUGUUAUCUGUGGUCAAAGGACAUUUCACCCAGGAGUAUAGAAGCCCUACAACACAGGAGUAUAGCCCUACAGCACAGCAUGGGGAGAAAGCUUCUCUCACAUAUUCAGUAUGAUAAAGCUAUUAUUUUAAGGGA